GCAUUCGAGCGGAGAAACCCUUUUUCUAUCCACCCUCACUCCCACUGCAAAACCCUUCCGCCUUCUCGUUUUCGUUUACUCCAGCGGCGAGAGAGAAGAGAGAGAUUUGAAGAUGGUGCAGCGGUUAACGUAUCGGAAGCGGCACAGCUAUGCUACCAAAUCCAACCAGACGAGGGUAGUCAAAACCCCCGGUGGGAAGCUCGUCUAUCAAACUACGAAGAAGAGAGCAAGCGGACCCAAAUGCCCUGUCACUGGGAAGAGGAUCCAAGGGAUUCCUCACCUGAGACCUGCCGAGUAUAAGAGGUCGAGAUUGUCAAGAAACAGAAGAACUGUGAAUCGAGCUUAUGGUGGAGUUCUUUCUGGUGGUGCAGUGAGAGAAAGGAUCAUUCGAGCAUUCUUGGUUGAAGAGCAGAAAAUUGUGAAGAAGGUGUUGAAGAUCCAAAAGGCCAAGGAAAAGCUGUCCACCAAGAGCUGAAGAGGAGAGACAGGAAAGAAUUUUGACUAGGACGAUGAAUCAUGCGAAGACGUGGUAAGAUAUAUAUUUGAGUGUGUUUUUGAAAAAAGGUUGUUUGUUUGGACUCAUGUUUUAGUGCAUAAUUUUCUUUUUCUAUCCCUUCGUCGACAAUUCCUCAACUAUCUCGGUAUUUUUACCCUUUUUGAUUAUUUGUUCCUUCAGACAUCCCCUAUGACUUGGUCUUUUUAUUAUAUUAGAUUAGUGUUUUGAUACAUACCA